AUGGCAGGCCCUUCAAGAGCAGUAAAUAUUCGCGACGAUUCUAGUGAUUCUGAUAAUGAAAUUGCAAUAAAAAGAUUUAAAAAUGCGGGAAGGCGAGACACCAGACCUCAACAUUAUAAAACUGAAUGGGAAAAUACACUUAAAGGCUGGUUAAAACCUAUUAAAGAGAAUUCGCUCCGAGCCAAAUGUAUCGCUUGUAACACAGAGUUUCAAGCCGAUAUAACAAUAAUAAAAAACCACAAUAAGAGCUCAAAACAUUUAAAAUCGGUAAAAAAAUUAGGACCAAGUCAGCCAAGAAUUGACACAUCAUUUUUCAAAACCAACGAUGCACAAGAGAAGGUAACUCGAGCCGAAAUAAAACUUGCGGCUUUUAUUUCUGAAUACAAUUUGCCUAUGAGACUCAGCGACCAUUUAACGCCCCUCCUAAAAGAUAUUUUUCCGGAUUCGAAAAUUGCUAAAGAAAUACAGAUGGGUCGAAUAAAAUGCACCUGCGUUAUUAAAAAUGUUUUGGGACAAUGUCAUUUUAACGAAAUGAACGGCAAAGUCGAAAAAAUUAUCAAAAUUUCGACAACAGAGCGAAUAGAAAUAACCACAACUGGCGUCAGAAUGAAAACCGGGGAAACGUAUCGCGGAAUAGUUAGGUCGGGACAGGACAAGAUGGUAAGGUUGAGAGCAGCAAUGAUCAGCCAGGAUCAUUGGGGGGAAAUUUCCACAAUGUUCAACGAGGGUUUUGAUGAAAUUCUGGAUGAAGUUACACCUAAUUUAAACGUGAUACUUAUGAUGAUUUGA